AUGGGCGAGACGUGCUCGGAAUUCCUCGCGGGCGCGGGGCUCUUCAUCUUCAACGGCGUGGACGUGGUCGCGGGCGUUGCGCUCUGCAUCUACAGCCUCUACCUCGGCUCCAACCACUACGCGCCCGUGUGGCUCUACGUUCCACUGCUGGCCAUCGGCAGCGUGUUGGUAGUCGCCUCGCUCAUGAGCAGCUGCGGACUGGCCUUCCGAGGCUGCUCCAGGUGCCUGGCGCUGUCGUCCGACGCGCUGGUGUGGGUCUCGCUGGCUGAAUUGGGUCUGGCGGUCGUCAUCUUCACCCAAGGAGGGACCAUCGAUAAGUUCCUGCGAGAACACAGUGACGAACUCAAGCUCAGUGGGGACCAAUUGGCCCAAUUCGAGCGUCACAAGUUCUACCCGGCGUACGCGUUGCUGGUGCUGUGCUUCAUGGAAGCUCUGCGUCAACGCUACAGCACCACACUGCACCACGCCCGUCUCCGUCGCCAGUAUCAGUACGAGAUGCUGGCUUGA